AUGGAAAAAGUGUGGAUUACAGUUGCCGUAAAAGUGUUAUAUUUUUUCGUCAUAACUGAAUCAUCCCGUGUUACUGUUUAUCAAGGCGAUACAUUACCUCAACACGGUCGGUGCGAACCUAUAACAAUUCCUUUUUGUCAACAAAUAAGAUACAAUCAAACUAUUUUUCCAAACAUACGCAACCACGUCCGUCAAGAGGACGCUGGGGCUGAAGUUCUUCAAUUUACACCACUGAUCAAAGUGAAUUGCUCGCCAGAUCUGAAAUUUUUUUUGUGUUCUGUAUAUGUGCCAGUAUGCACAAUUUUGGACACCGCUAUACCACCAUGUCGACAUUUAUGCGAAUCUGCAAAACAUAAUUGUGACGAGCUUAUGAUUAAUUUUGGAUUUCCGUGGCCUGAACACUUGGAUUGCGCUAAGUUCCCGGUCGCAACAGAUGAGAAUGUGAUAUGUGUAGGUGAUAACAAUGUCACUCAUGAAUCUCGUAAACACACUGAAAGUAAACUUCCCAAGGUUGAAUACAAACCCAGCAUUGAGAGAGAUCCCACCAAACUACAAGGAGCUAAAGAUUAUGGCUUCGUAUGUCCAGUACAGUUUAAAGUUCCUAAGAAUUUAGAUUUAGAAUACACAUUGAAAGUUGGUGACAAAAUAGAAUAUGAUUGUGGAGCCCCGUGUAAUGAGAUGUUUUUCAGUCAGGAUGAAAAGAAUUUCUCAAGAAUGUGGAUUGGCAUCUGGGCAACAUUGUGUGCACUAAGCUGUUUAUUUACAGUUUUGACAUUCCUCAUAGAUACAGACAGGUUUCGGUACCCAGAAAGACCUAUCAUAUUUUUAUCUGUAUGUUAUUUGAUGGUAGCUGCAGCUUACAUAAUGGGAUGGAGUGCUAGUGACAGUGUUAGCUGCCAGGGACCAUAUCCCUCACCAAUCAGUGGACCAAGGCCUCCAAAUAUAUCAAUCAUUACUCAGGGUACUAAAUAUGAGCCCUGUACUAUCCUGUUCAUGGUAGUAUAUUUUUUCAGUAUGGCUUCUAGUAUAUGGUGGGUUAUUUUGACUCUCACAUGGUUUUUGGCUGCUGGUCUCAAAUGGGGACAUGAAGCUAUAGAAGCUAAUUCGCAAUAUUUUCAUUUAGCUGCUUGGGCUGUACCUGCCAUAAAGACAAUAUCAAUACUAGCAAUGGGGAAAGUGGAUGGUGACAUACUAUCUGGAGUUUGUUAUGUUGGCCUAUGGGAUGCAGAGGCCUUGAGAGGAUUUGUGCUGGCACCAUUGUGUGUGUAUUUAGUGCUAGGUACAAUUUUUUUGUUGGCUGGUUUUGUAUCACUUUUCCGUAUAAGAACAGUUAUGAAGCAUGAUGGAACAAAAACUGAUAAGCUAGAAAAACUGAUGAUACGCAUUGGCAUAUUUGGAGUGUUAUAUACUGUACCUGCUUUAAUUGUUAUUGCAUGUCUGUUUUAUGAGCAGGCACAUUUUGAUGAUUGGAUGUUGACUUGGCACCGUGACAUGUGUUCUAGACCAUUGUAUUCUAUUCCAUGCCCAUUUUCGCAUCAGGAUCCGGAUCGUCCCAAAUUUGAAAUGUUUAUGAUCAAAUACUUAAUGACAAUGAUAGUUGGAAUUACAUCAAGUUUCUGGAUUUGGUCAGGUAAAACUUUGAUUUCCUGGCGUCAAUUCUUUGAUAAGAUAAAAGGUCGAAGAGUGGAAGCAUAUGUGUGAUAGCUCUAAUUUUUUUGAUACACGCUUAGGUAUUUAUUUUGUAGCCUUUUUGUUUUUACAAUAUUUUUAGUUGUAUAAUUUUUACAAAUCCAUAUAGGAAUUAAAUGAUUUACAUUCAAUGUUAUCACUGCCUAAAGAUAAAAAAAAAUUGAACAUUGAGACAUGUUUAAAUAUUAAAAAUAAUAACAUCUAAAAGAAUACAGUAUAAGACAGCUAUUAUGUUAAAAUAUUUCAUAAUUUAAGCAAUACAAGUUCAAAAUGAGGCUGAUUAAGUGUAUAUAAUUUUGUCAUAAUUGUUUGUGUCCACAUUUACAAUGAUUUAUCAUGUUUCAUUCUAGUUUAUAAGAUCUGUAGAAAUUAAAUGCUCAUUUCAAUAUU